UUGGGUCCUCUCAGUCCUUCCUGGUCCACGUAUUGAGAAGAUCACAAAAUUAUCCUCACUUCUCAGGCUUUGACAGCUAUAUUCAUUAAUUUUAAGCGUGUUUCGUCUUAAUUUUCUUGAAUAAUGCUUCAAUGACAACCGGAUGACUUGAGUCAAGUUGAUAUUUUAAUGUUUUUUUCGUCGGAUGCAAAAUGUCUUGGUUUACUGAUCUGGCAGGGAGAGCUGAGGACUUUCUGAAUAAAGUGGACCAAGGUGCUGCCACAGCUUUGAGCAAAAGUCAACAGAGAACAUCCUCUUUCUCCUCUCCAUAUGAAGAAGGAACAGGAGACAAACCAGAGUUCAAGCCUGAAAUAACUCCAGCACAUUAUACUUCACCUCAAAAUGCUCAAAGCUUUAUCUCCACUGCAGCCGGAAAUAUCAAAAAAUCAAAUACAACACUUUUGGCUGGGACCGCGAACGUGCCCAGUGCAGCGAGUGGUGGUGCCAGCACUGCCAAGUCUCCCACUGGUUUUGUACGGCCCAAAAAGAGCGACCAGGAUGUGAACGAUGAUAUGCUUUUUGACUUUCUAAACAGUUCAGAUCCUCCAGUUGGAAACAGAAGAGAUUCAAAACGUGAAAUUAAAGUUACUGUGACAGAAACACUAAGCCCCACUCCUCCCCCAUUGGUAGCACCCCUCACUGUCUCCUCAGCCCCCUCCACGCCCCCCUCCACUCGUGGUGUGUCCCGGGCCUCGAGUCUUAGUUCUCUGUCUGCUCUGAGCAUCAAAACAUCAGAGGAAAGUUCAGCCAAAGAGCCAGGUCAAGACACUCCUGAAAGUUCAGACUCUGGUUUGGCUCCUCCCCCUCAAGAGCCAAGUCGCCCUGAGGCUCUGCCCACAGAGGAACCCCAGGGGCACGUCCUGUCUAGCCUUCGCCUCGAGAACCAGCUCUUACGCACUGAAGUGGCCUCUCUCAACCAGGAGAUGGCUUCAGUCAUUCAGAGAGCAAAAGACCUGCAAGAUGAACUGAACCAGUCCCGUCUCCGUGCUGACAAAUGGAACUCGGAACAGUCAGUGACAGAUCGCACUUUACGAGAACUUCGGUCGCAGGUUGAUGAUCUCACAGAAGCACUUUCUGCCAAAGACGGGCAACUCGCAGUUUUGAAAGUCAGACUUGAUGAAGCUGAUCAACUUCUCAAGUCUCGUAGUGCAGCCCUGGAGGAGGCACAGAAAGAGAAAUCCAGAAUUAUGCAAGACCACACAGAGGGAAGCAGCAUGCAUUCCCAGGCUCUUGAGACUAUGCAGGAGAGGCUCAGAGAGGCUGAACUGACUCUGCGAAGGGAACAGGACAGCUUUCACCAGAUGCAGAGUGAAUAUGCUGCCCGACUGUCUAAGCUGGAGACAGAGAGACAGACUCUGGCAGAGACUGUGACUUUAUCAGAGCGGCGCACUUCAGAAGAGAAAGUCCGGGCCGACGAUUUUCAGCAGCAGCUGAAAAGUGUCAAAGCUGCAGCAGAGAGCGCGAAGCAGGAGCUCCAGGAGUACAAACAGAAAGCUGCACGCAUCCUGCAGUCCAAAGAGAAGCUGAUCAGCAGUCUGAAGGAGGGCUCUGGUCUGGACUCUCUGGACGGCAGUGGAGCCAUGGCUCUGGAGCUGGAGGACCUGCGGCACGAAAAAGACUUACAAAGAGAAGAGAUACAAAAACUACAAGGGCAGAUUCUGACUCUUAGGACAGAAGUGCAGGAUAUGGAAAACCAAGCCAUGGCUGAAGCUGAAAGUUGGCGGGAGCAGCAAGUGAAUUUACAGGAGCAGCAGGCAGCACAGAACAGAGCAAAGCAGGAGCUGGAGGCCGAAAUUGAGAGAUACAAACAAGAGGUCCAGUACUUAGAAGAGGAACAGCAUCGUGUCAAAUCCUCUCUACAGAGCCGCAUCAAAGACAGAGAAGAUGAAAUUCAAAAACUCAGGAACCAGCUCACCAACAAGACCAUAAGCAGUAGCCAAACAGAGUUGGAGAAUCGGCUGCACCAGUUGACAGAGACGUUGAUUCAGAAACAGACGAUGCUGGAGGCUUUGGGGACAGAGAAAAACUCUUUAGUGUUUCAGUUGGAGCGACUUGAGCAGCAGAUGAAGGCAUCACAGGGAGGACAGAGCGGAGGAGCCACCAUCAACAUGAGCACUUUAGAGGGGCCAGGUGCCAGGCAGAGAAAUACACCUGUUCUAUUCAGUGACCAAGACAGCCCUGGGGUUUAUGGGAAAGUACGCAAAGCAGCAAGUACUAUUGACCGCUUUAGCAUCAGAUUGGGAAUAUUCUUGAGACGUUACCCAAUGGCCAGAGUUUUUGUCAUCCUCUACAUGGCUGCUCUACACCUCUGGGUCAUGAUCGUUCUUCUCACAUACUCACCAGAAAUUCACCAAAGUUUACCAGAUGGACGAUAGAUAAUUGCAAAUAGGCAUACAAAAUUUCUUUUUAUGCCUUUUUGGUUGAAGGACGGUUCAUGCUGCAGAUAUUCGGGCUCUGGGACCCAAUGCUCCUGGAUUUGCACAGAGAAUGGAUAGAAAUGACAUUUCUUUUCUACCAUUUCACCUACAUAAAAUAUAGAUGACAACUAUGUUCAAAAUAAAUAAUUAUUCAUAGAAGAAGAAUAGAUUAAUAUGGGCAGAUGUUUUAUCAAAGGGCAUAUUUAAGUAGAACUUAAGCUACUUUUUUUCCCUCUCAUUUCCAGACAUUUUUUUCUGAGAUUGUAUUUAACAUAAUGUAAAAUCAAGUCUUUUAAUAAACUUAAAGUGACCUGGGACAUUUA